AUGCGCAAUUGGUCCAUCCGCAUUUCCGUCCUGCUGGCCGCAGUGGCGAUCCUGCUGCUGGUAGCGGCCUGCAGCUUUCAGCCACCCGCAGCGUCUUUGACCGGCGGGGCCGUCAACAAUCUCGGCGAUCCGUUAACCCAGACCGCGGUGUAUCCCUUUGACGCGGUGGUGGUCACGGGUUCGGGGGUCGCCAGCGGCGCCCCCGACUUUGCACAGUUGUCGCUGGCCGUUGCUGUCACCGACGAUUCGGUUGCUGAAGCUCGCGAAACCGCGGCCGAGGCGAUGACCGACGUGCGCGCCGCCCUCAAACGCCAGCGGUUGCUCAACUCGGAUAUCGGCACCAGCCACUUCCGCAUUCAUCCCGAGUACGAAUACGGACCCGACGGCCGGGAACAGGUGGGUUACACCGUCCGCAACGGGCUAACCGUCAGGGUCCGGGACACUGACAAAGUUGCUGCCGUGGUCGACGCGGCGGUCGCUGCUGGUGGCGAUCACCUCGUUUUCAACAACAUCGGCUUUUCCUUCUCGGACCCGUCGGAAUUGGAAAAAGAAGCUCGGGAAGCCGCCGUCAAAGACAUGCAGGAGAAGGCAGCCCAAUUGGCGGAGUUCUCCGGCCGUGACCUGGGCGAACUGAAAGUCGUUUCCGAGGGGGUUUUCAACGAAACGAACCUGCCGGACGGCGCUUUCCUGCUCCGCGCCGAAGCUGCCGAUUUCGACACUCCAAUCUCGACUGGCGAAGGGGCAAUCACCGUCAGCAUCUCCGGCGUCUACGAGCUCAAGUGA